AUGGAGGCUAUUGAUACAGAGUUCUUUAAGAAAUUUGGUUUCGAUUAUAUAACAACAAUUGGAGAAGGAACAUUUGGAGUAAUCUUCGUUGUUUAUAGCCAUCAGUAUAACAUGAAUUUUGCAAUAAAAAGGAUCCCUGGUUCCAAAUUCAAUGAUAUGGAGAUCGAAUCCAUGAUCGAAAUCAAGAGUAAUUAUAUCGUUCCACUUUAUAAUCACUUCCACUACAAUAAUUACGUUUAUCUUCUCAUGGAAUACUGCCCUCACUCUCUUGAAACAUAUAUUCAACAGUACCAUCCGUUAACAUUUACAAAGAAGCUUGAAUUAUGCCAAGGAUUGGCUGUUGCAGUUGGAAGCUGUCAUCAUUUUGGAAUAUCUCAUGGAGAUAUUAAACCAUCGAAUUUCCUCGUUGAUAAAUACGGCAGGAUUAAGAUUUGCGACUUUGGACUGGCGAAUAAAGUCAUUUCAGAUGAAAACAGUACGAAUUUUCAUGGAACAGCAAUGUUUCUUUCUCCAGAAAUCAUCAGAAAGCUCCCAUACGAUGCUUUUUGCUCAGAUAUCUGGGCUUUAGGUGUUACAAUCUAUUAUGUCCUGACAGGAAAGUAUCCAUGGAUGGCAGAUACAAAAGCUAACCUUGUUCAGAGCAUUUUAAAUUCUAUUUACGAUGAGUCAGCUAUAAAUGACUUCGAGAUAAAGCAAAUGCUCAAAAAAUGCUUUAAUAUCGAUCCUCCAUCCAGACCGACCGCUCAGGAAAUCAUUGCUGUCUUCCAUGCAAAGUCUCAGUCUGCACCAAAGAAGGGUAUCAAGUCUUCUCAGUCUGUUCAUCUUGCUUCGCAAAUCUUACUUUCUCCUGCAUUAAAGUCAAAGAGGAGAAUAAGCUUUAACUAG